GAGAGAAAGCACAAGUAUUGUACUUAUCGCACUAACAAGCAAAGAGUCAAUUUUCUGAUCGAUUUUCAGAUUUUUUCAGAGAAAGAAUUAAAAAUGAACAAGAGCAGGAAGAUGAAUAAGCCUUGUGAUUGCAAAGACAAGGAAUUGCAACAGAUCAUAGCGAGACAGACGCAGCAGCUCAAUGACAUUGUGAAAAAAGUCAGCAUGAUGUCCAUCGAGCGAAAGUCUCUGCUGAAAGCGAAUGAGGAGCUGAACAUCCAAGUUCUAAACGUGAAGAAAGCUGCGCUUGAAGUUGACACUCUGCUGAGGGAGAAAGACAAUAAAUUAAAAGAACAGCUGGAGGCAAAUCAAACUUUAGAGAAAAAUAUCACCGCUCUGGAGAAGAUAAAGGCCACCUUGGAGGAGAAAAACACUUCCCUGGAGAACGAAAAGACCGUCUUGGAGAACGAAAAGACGGCCUUGGAGAACGAAAAGACGGCCUUGGAUAAGGAAAACACCACUCUGAGGGUGAAAAUCGAAGCUCUGGAACAGAAAAGUGUCGUCUUGGAGCAGAAAACCACUGGCUUGGCACAAAUAAACAACGUCCUCAGACAGGAAAACACCACCCUGGGGCAGAAUAAAACCGUCUUGGAGGAAGAAAACACCACCCUGAAACUGAGAACCACCACUCUGGAGAAGAAAAUAACCAACUUGGAGGAGAAAAGAACCAUCUUGAGGAGGAAAUGCACUGCCUUGGAGGAAAUGAGAGCCAUCCUCAGGCAGGAAGUCACCAACCGGGGGCAGAAAAUCACCGCUUUGGAGGAGGGAAAAAGCUCCCUGGAGAAGGAAAACUCCACCCUGAAGCUGAGAAACACCACUGUGGAGAAGAAAAUAACCAUCUUGGAGAAGAAAAUGAACAUCUUGGAGAGGAAAUGCACUGCCUUGGAGCAAAUCAAAGCCAUCCUCAGGCAGGAAGUCACCACCCAGGGGCAGAAAAUCACUGCGUUGGAGGAGGGAAAAAGCUCCCUGGAGGAGGAAAACACCAACCUGAAGCUGGACAUCGAUGCCUGGAUGAAAUAUAGCACCAACCUGCAGGUGAAAAGCGAGACCCUGGAGGAGAUAACCAGUGCUUUAGAGGAAAUGAACACCGCCUUUGAACUGGAAAACACCGCCCUGAAGCUGCAAAGUAUCAGAGAUGUCUCGGAAGAGAAAAAGGAGAACAAAAAGAUAAGAGACAGAGUAGAAGAGCAGAACCAGCAGCCACCUAACGAGGAAACCCACGAAGACAGCCAGUCGGUUUCAGACCAGCCGUCAGUAAUUGCACAUGUGGUGGGAGGUAUCUGGAAGACGUAUAAGAAAAUGUACGACAAUGGUACUCUGAGAUACUGGGUUAAACUGUGAUUUAAAAAGUGUCAUGAUAACUGAAUCCUUCAGAAAAGCUUUACAACAAAAGGACUGCAGUGUCAAGGGAGCUUGACACUUAGGGGCUGAUGGUGGAAGAUGUUGGCAGGAGAGCGUGCGGCCCGCAGGACUGCGGUGCCAUGGGAACUUGAGGCCUCGAGUUCCCAGACCAUCAGACUCUAGUCCCAUUUGUCGCCAGGUCAUCAGACACUCUCCGGCUGACCUCUGGGGCUUCGUGCCGAGUCCCGUUGGACUCCGGCUGACCUCCGGGGCUUCGUAUGGAGUCCCGUUGGACUCCGGCUGACCUCCGGGGCUUCGUGCCGAGUCCCGUUGGACUCCGGCUGACCUCCGGGACUUCGUGCCGAGUCUUUUUGCACCAAUAUUGCAUGUUCUCCCCAUGCUUCUGUGGGUUCUCUCCGGGUACUCCGGCUUCCCCCCAAAGUCCAAAAGUAUGAGUGUUAGGUUAAUGGAUUUCUCUAAACCCAUCCUUAGGUGUGGAUGUGUGUAUGCAUGGUUAUUUUUCAGCUGUCUGUCUCUGUGUUGCUGGCGACCUGUCCAGGGUGAACUCCGCCUCUCGCUGGAGCAAGAUACCUCCCAGAUCUCCCAUUUUUGGUUUGAAGGUUUCCUAAAUAAAUCUGUUAGCAUUCGUAGCGGGAGCUGAACUCCAGUAUUACGCCAAGCCCUAUAGCCAAUGCAAAAUAUUAAGUUUAGGAGAUAGAGAGAUAGAGAGAUUUAGGAGCGUGAGGACAGGACAGGCGAGAAAGAGGAGGAUUUCCCCUAUGUGGGAACAUUUUGAUUUGAUAAGCCCUAACAAGGUAGGUAGCAGACUUUGGCAAAGAUUGGACACUAGUGUCCUGGAGGCAAAGAGGAGGCAAAAUGUGUCAGCAGAUGCCACCUUAGAGGUGUUACCAAGUAUUUUUAGGCUAGUUUAACAUGCAAGUAUAUCAGUACACCUUUAAUACAAUGAAAUAUGAUUUUUUGUGUGUGUGUGGAUGUGGCCAUUCAUGCUGCUAAAUGAUGCAAUCACAAUAAAACUUGUGGUUUACGA